UCGAAGUGUGAGAGAAAUGGCAGAAACUGCUCCAGAAGCUCCCGCCGCUCCUCCGGCAAAGUCACCUAAGAAGAAAGUGACAUCGAAGCCUAAGAAGAAAACCGGCCCUAGCGUAUCUGAUUUGAUCGUUAAGGCAGUGUCGGCUUCAAAGGAGCGCCAUGGGCUCUCUUUAGCUGCGCUCAAGAAAGCUCUUACGGCUGGCGGCUAUGAUGUGGAGAAGAACAACGCUCGCGUUAAACUGUCCGUGAAAAGCCUUGUGAACAAAGGUUCUCUUGUGCAGACCAAAGGUACCGGUGCCUCCGGAUCCUUUAAAAUCAACAAGAAGCAGGCAGAGGCCAAGGAGAAAACUACAAAGAAAAAGGCGGCCCCGAAGAAGAAGCCAGCGGCGAAAAAGCCCGCAGCUGCUAAGAAAGUGAAGAAGCCGGCAGGUAAGAAACCUGCAGCAGCCAAGAAGACCGCAAAGAAGUCUACCGCAGCCAAGAAACCCGCCAAGAGUCCCAAGAAAGCGAAGCCGGCUGCAAAGCCUAAAAAGGUAGCAAAGAGUCCGAAGAAGCCCAAGGCAGCCAAGCCUAAAGCGGCCAAAUCGAAGACUGUUAAGAAGGCGGCGCCGAAAAAGAAGUAAUUCGUUUACAUGACUAGAACUUUGUACAAAAACGGCUCUUUUCAGAGCCACC